AGUAUGUAGUAUACAUGUAUGUAUAGAGGGUUGCAUGCGGACAUGAUUUGACAACACACAGACGAUGUGGCACCAGCAUGCAAGAUGGUGUAUUAAUAUAGUCGCUCUCUAAAACUAAAUUCCGAGUUUUAUUUAAAAAACCCCGAGACAAGGAACACGACAUUGUGAUUCUGACACACUUAUUACUUAAACAUUGAUUCAUAAUGUGCUGAAAGGUUUUUGUAUUAACCGAAUUCGGGUAAAAAGAGACUGGGGUGAAAGUACAAUAUUUGGUUUAAAAACUAAUACAGUCUCUUUUGAAACUAAAAAUGUUUCUUUUUCACCAUUAUUAAAGGCUCAUCUAGUUGUAAAAACUUUCGACUUCAUUAAAAUUCAUACACAAUUAACCGCAUUAGAUAUAUUUAUUUCAUCUAAUAAUCCAAUUAAUGUCACAAAAAUGUAUUUAACUAAAAGAGAAGCCAAAAUCAGGCAGUCACGAACUUUUACUACAAUGAAACACUUUUAUUUGUGUUUAAUUCCCAUUUUAUUUGGUUUACUGCUUUAUUGUUGGUCGCGUAGAAAACUUUACAAGUUCUCAACUCAAGUCCAAGGCCCUCCUACACUCCCUAUACUCGGCAAUGGUUUAAAAUUCUUAUGCAAAAAAGAAGACAUUUUAAACGUUUUUAUCGAGUCUUUAAACCCUUACCCCUCACCAACAAGGAUGUGGUUUGGUCCAAGAUUAGUACUUUUUGUCAAAGACCCAAACCAGUUGCAGAGUAUAUUACAAUCGCCUAAAAUGACCACAAAAGCUUUUUUUUACAAGUUCCUGGAGCCGUUUCUUGGACAAGGUUUAUUUACAGCAUCAGGGCCUAAAUACAAAAUUGAUAAAAAAAAUCUACAACCACUUUUUUCGCAAAAAAUGAUAACGGCGUAUUGUCAAGUGUUCCAAAAACAUGCGAAUAAGCUUGUUGCGGGGAUGAGGAUGCAUGUGGAUGGGCCCGAAUUUGAUGUUUUAUGCCAUCUAAAUUUUACUGCUUUCGAAUCAUCAAUGGAUUUGUUAUUAGAAGACAAAAAUAAACACUCGAUUGAUUACAAAGAUGUUCCACAAUACGUUCAAAGGUUUUACCACAUAUUUUUUAGUCGAAUUACAAAGUUUUGGCUCCAUUUUGAUUUCAUCUUCAAGCGAACUUCCUACUACAAGGAGCAAAGUAAAAUGAAGGAAAUGGCNGGCACCAGCAUGCAAGAUGGUGUAUUAAUAUAG